CCACGUCAGUGGUGUUAGGCUUCAAGCUGAAGCUAUCAAGUGCCUGAGACGGUUCAGCAAAUCAGCUGUAACUCAACGGAGGAGGCUUUCUGGGAAUUUUAAAGAAUAAUUAAAAUUGUCAUUCCAAGUAAACACCAUGAGAUACCCUUUUAUUUUUAUUUUGGCUGUGUACAUAGCCUUUGCGAAUGCCACCGAGUUAACUUUUGAAUUGCCCGAUAACGAGAAACAAUGCUUUUACGAGGACCUAGAACAAGGAGCAAAGUUUGAUAUAGACUUUCAGGUUAUUGCUGGAGGAAACUAUGAUGUUGACUGUUUUGUGACAGAUCCACUGAAUAAUCUGCUUUAUCAAGAACGAAAAAAGCAAUAUGACAGUUUUUCCCACACGACAACCAUGAAGGGAGUGUACACGGUCUGCUUCAGCAAUGAGUUCUCAACCUUCUCUCACAAAACUGUUUACCUGGACUUCAGAAUGGGAGACGAUGACCGAUUAAUGCCUGACAUGAACCGAGGAGCAGCUCUCACACAGAUGGAGUCAACCUGCCUGUCUAUCCAUGAGAUCCUGAAGGUGGUUUCAGACUCUCAGACCUGGUAUCGUCUUCGGGAGGCUCAGGACCGAAUCAGGGCUGAAGACCUGAGUGAACGUGUGCACUUUUGGUCCAUUGGGGAGGCCAUCAUCCUGUUUGUGGUCUGUAUCGGCCAGGUGCUUAUGCUUAAGAGUUUCUUCAAUGAGAAGAAAACCAAUGUUGCCACCAGCACAUAGACCUAGGUUUCUAGUCUGCCACCUUCUCUCUGUUAAUCAGCUGAUUAAUCAGUCUGAUACCCUUAAAACAAGCUCGACUGAUGCUUACAACCAACCAAAAAUUAUCUCUAUAUCUAACAAAAUGCCUUAAUUAUGAGGUAAAUAUUUUGUGUGGUAUAUUCAAAUUGGCCCCUAUGUGCAUUACUCACAAUUGCAGUAAUGGAAAUUGACCUGCUGUACCAUUAUUCUGUUACAUGUUAAUUUCUGUUUUGUCCACUUUAAAUAUGUGCACUUGUUAUCUUGAAAUGCAUAUGUCUAACAUACACUUUAUAUAGAAACGGAAGAAUAGUUUUGGUGGUUUGUGUUUUGGUAAUUAUGACAAAUAUAAUAAUGAAUGACUGUAUUGUACCUCUGUUUUACUAUUUAGCAAUGCCCUUCUUUGUUUAUCUCACAUUCAAAUGGGAAAUGUCCAUGGUGAAUCAUUUAUUUAUGUAGAUAUAUCUGGCAAAAUAUAUGGUUUUUAAAAAUGAAUAAUUUUCUUAAUUAUAAAUCCUGUUACAUCAUUACUGAACCCUCCCCCUCCUCUUUAAGUUACUUUGGGGAUAUGGAACAAGGGCUUGCAGAUAUUUAUUUAUUUUCUGAAACAUCUACUUAAUGUGCUGCUGAAAAGCUUUUUUAUAGACACAUUACAUGUUAUUUGGAUAUUUGUUAAAACCAUAUAUUAUUGUGUAUACCUCAGCCCGAGAAGUAGAAUGUAUUUGUUACAUUUAUUAUGUAAUAACAUAAAUUGAGUUGUUCAUAUUCCUGCCUUGUGUAAAUUGACUAAGUAAAAAAACAAAGUUUGGAAUUUA